AGAGGCAUGCAGUGCUGCGUAUGCCAAAACCUCUUGGUGCUAUUAAUACAUGCCUGCCUGCAUCGCGCCCCCAGCACUGACCCCCUCAUUCACACAGAGCUCUGUGUGGAGGAGACACAAUGUGAAGAAGUGAAUGAGAGGGAGCGCAGUCCAUGCUAAUGGCUCUCUACAUUGUUAACCGAGUGGAAAUUCGUGUGACUCACUAAUUGACAUUUCCUAUUUUACCUUUGUUUUACCUUGAAUUUUACCUCCAUCUCAUGACUGGCUGUCUCUUCAUCAGUUAGACCAGAGGAAUGGCCAUACCCACCAUGUUGCACUCGAGCAGCAGUAUUCUUGAGGCCUCAGCCAUGGCCAACCUUACUGAGGACACGUCCAGCUCAGGCACAGAUAUGGGACAUGACCCUAUGAUCCAGACAGAAACCGCGACUCUACUACUGCAGGAGACCGGCAUGGAGGAGGCUGGCAUAACAGCUGUUGCUGCCCAGACAGAGGGUGAGCGGUGGCAAGAGUUUAACCCAUCCCUUGUGGAACACAACUUGUUUCAGUCUCAAUUCAGAAGCAGCUCAUCAGAGGCUGUGGCAUUACUUAUGCAUCCAAGAGACACCCACAGUGUGACUCCCUCCCUCAGAAUACACAGUAAAGAGCCCAGAGAGGGAACUGUUGAAGGAAGGGACAGACAUAAAGAGGCUAAUGGACUAGGACAACAACACUGGAGGGACAGAAUAGUGACGAAAUCACCAAAUGGGGAAGAGGAGAAGAGAGCACCUUUGAUAUUCCCUGAACAGGACAAUAACUCCAGACCCCAAAGUACUGUCAAAGUUUGCUCUAGGCCAGAGUAUGAAUCUCGGGAACAGGAUGCCACUUUAGCCUCAGCUUUUCCUCACCACAUGUGCCAAUAUUUGGAGUGCCCUUUGUCCAAUGCAGUAGGGCUCUGCCUCCACAGACUCGAAGUGGGCUGCUGUUCAGACAUUUAUUCUAGUAACGGAGGAGGGUCAGGCUGUGCUGGACUAAAUUCUGAACCCGAAUCUGUGUAUAUUUAUGCUGAGAGCAUCAAGGGCUGUGACUCCACCUGUUGCAGUUUGCUGCGGGAAUGUGACUCCGAUUGUCUCUAUACAGAGGAUCCACAAAGAGAAGAUGGCUGUUACAACACAAUGCAAAGAAAGAAAAGUAAAAUAAAGAAAAGACUGGACUCGUUUUACAGUAACACUGAGAUAUUGUGUAUGUAUACUGAGGAAAGCUCUAGCUUUGACAUGCCAGACUACAGCAUUGAAGCCGUUGCAGGAUCGGAUAAAUCCUGCAAUUCCAUCAGAAGUGACUGUGACUCGGAUUCUACCUCUGCCUAUGCAGACUGGGAGCACAGCUUUGACUCAGAUGGAGCUGAGGCUAGCAUGAACUCUCUAGACAGCCUGGCUGAGGCACAGUGGGGUUCUGUUUCGUCCAGGUUAAGUUCUGGCUCAGAUGCUUCUUGCUACACCGCGGAUUGUGGCUCGGAAUCCUCCUACGGUACUGUGGAACAAAGCAGCAGUUUGGUCUCUGAAGGUUCUUUCGGUGCAGGCCGAUGCGACUCACCUGUCGGUUAUAUCCAAGAAGACUCCUGCGAUUUGUACAAUGCUUGGGCUGAGAACAGUGAUGUGGAUAAAAACCUUUACCGAAGUCAAACAAUGGAUGGUGCAACAGGCUUUCCUUGUCUUCAGGAUGACUCUGAGUUAACCCUGAAUGAACUCCGGGGUGCCGUGACUCAUACUGAACGCUGCCACUUCUCCCUGUUCUUCCGGGAGAUGGUGAAAGAGGCUGCACAGGACAGAGAUCAGGAAAAGCUGAAUGUCAGUGAAGGCUUUCUCUUCCACCCACAAAAGUUUUUACAGGCAAAGAACUCUGAAUAUCGUGAAGGCCGGGAAUAUUCCUUGCUUCGAAACAUACAGAAUGGGUCAUAUGGAGACGUGUUCAGCAUCCGGGACAAACAAACAGGAUUUACAUGUGCUGCGAAAAGGAUUCCCCUGUGUAGUUUUAGCUGGGAGGAAGUUGGGACAUGGAGCAGACUGGACUCCCCACAAGUGCUCCAGCUAUAUGGGGCAGUGAGAGAGGGGCUUAAUGUCGUCCUCUUCAUGGACCUUAAAACAGGUUCACUAGCCCAGUUACUAAAAGCAAGAUGUAGCUUUCCUGAAGACAUGGCUCUUUAUUACCACAGUCAGGUGCUGCAGGCUCUCGAACACCUACACAGCAGACAAGUCAUACACCUGGAUGUUAAAGUGGAUAAUGUUUUGCUUUCAAAGGAUAGGAGGGAGUGUUUCCUGUGUGAUUUUGGGUUGUCCGAGAUGUUGGACAAGACCGGAUGCAGCACCAAGACAUUCAGAGGCAAUGGUUUGCGUGGAACCGAGAGCCACAUGGCUCCUGAGGUGGCGCGAGGAGAUCCUCGCUCUGAUAAAGCAGACGUGUGGAGCAGCUGUUGCAUGCUCCUGCACAUGCUCACUGGACAUCAGCCCUGGACACGAUACUACACUCACCCACUCUGUCUGAAAAUUGUGAGCGAGCCUGCACCUCUGUGGGAGAUUCCUCCUGGCUGUGACCCGCUGACCUGUGAGGUCAUCAGAGCAGGACUGGUGAAGGAGCCAAAGGAGAGAGACUCUGCGAGAAAACUGCUGGAGAAAGCCAACAAAGCUCUACAAGCAGUGGGUGGGUUCUCUGAUCCAGUGUUAUCUCACAGCUCUGGCACACCUGAGCUUCAGAACUGCCCACCAGUGAGCUUGCAGGUGGUCCCUCCUCUCAUCGCCCUAACAACCCAGGAGACUCCACCUCCUCUUUCUGCAGUAGCAGCCCCCACUUCCACCAGUCAGCAGGAGUUCUCUGCUCCUAGAAUCCAGUGGGUUAGCACAUGGAGAGAAAGAGCAAAAGAGGAGGAUAAGACUGACUCAGAAGAAAGGGAAUCUGAUGAGGAAAGUGAGUGGGACAGUGGAGGAUGGACGGAGGAAGUGAAAAAAGAUGAGAUGGCAGUGUGGAUGGAGAGGUACUGGGGAACAGAGGAAGAUUCAUCCGUAGGAAGUAACAAAAAACAAAUGCUUUUAGAAGGUGAGAGAGAACCCUGUCAAAAAAGAGGAGAUGAUGACGACAUUUACACCGAGCGGAAAAAAGUGUCAGAUAACCAGGAAGACCAUGAAUCAGGUGGGGGCCCAGGUGAGGCUGAUUCAGAAGAGAUGGAUGAUACUGAUGCAGCAGUAGACUGCAUCCUGAAUGAAGAGGGUCCCUAUGAGGGUGAAACAAGAAGCUCAGUGGAUGAAGCUGAAGGAGAGAGUGCAGAAGAAGAGGUAGAGAGUGAUUUGGAGAGUUUGAGAGAGCUGGGCAGUGACUGGGCAGAGGAAGAGUGGGAGCCGUUCCACCGCCUACAGAUCCUCUAUGGGACAAAAGGACAAAAUAAACCGUACCUGAAGACUGAGGAUGACCACUCUGACACAGAGGAAGAAUCUGAAGCAUCGACAACUGCAAGUGGAAAGAUGACCUUACAUGAACCGAACUCAAAAUUAACUCUCACCUGUCACCGUAGCACCUGUGCUUCCGAACCAGAGCUAACUGACAAGAAUUCAGAUUGGUCAGAUGAUCUGAGCUCUGGGGUGUUCUCUUCUUAUAGUAGUUUUACAGAUGGACAGAGCUUCAAUGUGGACUGGUCAGUGUCCACACAUCAGCCACCUUCUUGCUGCUUUGAAGGUCUUGGUGUGGAUAUCUGGGUGGAGGAUGUGAGUGGGGAGACUCUUAGGAUCAGAGAGAGGCUGAAGGUGAAGCUGGGACAUGUCGCUGUAGGAAUAAGUGCACAGAUCUCCAUGAGGGCCUUCAGCCUGGCCACCCUGGAUGGGAAGCUGGUUUCCCCAGACACAGAGGUUUUGGAGUCGGGCAUGUGGCUACAGUGCGUCCCUGCUUCAGACAGUAGCGCCAACUGGGAUUGGAGAGUCAGAGAUGGAAAACUGGAGAAGCAAGAACACGAUGAAGGCACAUCAGAUACCUGCUCCACGCUAGCAGCCUAAACCUACACAUGGACACAUCUUCACUGACACAACAUUCCCUUCUUUCUUUCACUUCCAUCCAUUUAUGCUUGUUUACUGAAUUGUGAAACAAUGUGAUGUCUGUUAAUUAAAAUGAUUUCUGCUUAA